AUGUUGCGCAAGGUACGCGGGCGCUUUGGCGAUAAGUUGAAUCCAGAUGAUGCUUUUUUGAGUUUGACAAGAGAGGAUAUGCAAACUCUCAAGAACGACUGGCUCACAGAUAACAUCAUUUCAUUCUGGGAGGAAUAUCUCGAACAUGAAUUUCUUGCACGAUACCAAUCCUCCAACAUCGUCCUUCUCCGCCCUAGCAUGUCAUUCAUGAUCCUUCAGACCCCGGACCCACGCACCCUCCGCGAAGCACUCCCGGACUUUAGCCGAGCAACCCAUGUCUUCCUCCCCAUCAACGAUUGUCGCAAUGUCUCCCAAGCAGAAGGAGGCACGCACUGGUCCCUCUUGUUGAUCUCGGUCGUCGACCGCAUCGCAUUCCACUAUGACUCGCUAUACCAAGGAAACGUCUGGGAAGCAGACACGGUCACUCGCAAAUUCGGAUACCUCCUAAACGUGCCCAUUAGGUUCCUGCAUCUAAACGACUCACCCCAGCAAGACGGCGGCAGCGACUGCGGCGUGUACGUGUGUAUGAAUAUGCGGUAUCUUCUCAUGAAGCGGUUGCUGAUGGCGAGCGCACAUGAGAAAGUGAGUAUGAGUCUUGGAGGGCGAAAGAUCGACGCCAGUGGGUCUCGCAAAGAAAUGGCCAAGAUCAUCGAAGGAUUCCGGAAAGAAGGCGAGCGUCGACGAUCGACAAGCGCUAGUCCUAUGGGAAAGAAAUCGAGGAGUCCUCCGCGUGUUGAUUGA